AUGCAAUCGACAGCUGACAAGAUUUUUGAGGGGGCGGAGCUUGGCAAACUCCCUUUCGAUAUCUUCGCUCUCGAGAGAUGGGACUACUCCCGACCUGUUGAGCAGGACCAGGAGCAAUGGGACCAUCUAGCUCGAGAAUGGUUGGAUCUCGAUGCCCGGGGUCGUCACCCCUAUCAUCCCUUGACCCCGGAAUCGCGAGAGGCGCCAGCAACCGCAGAGCAGAUGAGCCGCGUUCUUGUACCACGCCAAACCAUGAAGGAACGAAAUCUGUCUGUUGUGACCGAAAUGGGACAUGGCUCACCAGUCUGGCUGCGGACCUGCUACUCCCCCGAGCUCGCUAGCGUCUACACUGAAUGGUGUGACUCCAUGGAACUAGAUAGCUUGGAUGAUGUUGGCGAGUACUAUGACCCGCCAGGAGAGGGCGAGGAGUUCAAGAUGCCGCUGUAUGAAGCCAAGCUCAAGGAGAAAACCAUGAUGUUUCUCAUCGACGAAGAAGCUUUACGGGAUAACUUGAUCAAAGUCCUAUGGCUGGACAUACACGGGGCUUGCGUGUGGGACAACCGACUACCUCCUGAUGAUAUGUUGGCGUUUAAGGGCAGAAUGUUUGACGGAGGUUCUUUAGCUGAUUUGAGCGAAGAGUUCGAGGACGAUGAGGAAAUGUACGAACGUGGUGCUGUUCUGAAUAUUAAUUGA